AAAUAGUCAUUUCCCGUUGCCCCUUGUCAACUCUCCAUUUUCUUCUCUGCUUCCUUAGCCACAGCCAGCGUUGAUUUUUUGUGUGCUUGCGUCCACUACUCCGUUUGUGAGCUCACGUAGCCGUUUACCUCUUUGUAGUCCUCUAGUGGUGGCUAAAGCCAAAGCAGCAUUCAGAUUCACCAUGAAGACGACGUCGGCUGUUCUGUUCCUGUUUGCAGUGUUCCUCCCACUCGCAAUCUCCGUUCCCACGCCGCUAACAUGUCCGUUGACGGGGAAACCGCCUAGCGUUCCAAAUAUCCCGUCCGCACGCUGUCUGGAUGCAGCCAAGUCGUCUUGCUGCGAGGACUGCAGCGAUUUCCGCUACGCACUGAACCUACUCACAGCAGAUGUGACCAAGCUUGUCGCCGACAUCCAGCCAGACUACGCAAAACUCGUCCCUGAAGGCACGGAAAUUCAGUUCUGCAGUAUGUUUGAAGGAAAGGAGAGCUGUUCGCUCCUGGUGGAAAGCAUGAUCUGCGCUAUAACCUGCAAUCCAGGUUCAAGCAACUACGUGACUUUUAAAAAUGGAGCGACAACCGUAACGGUCUGCGAAGCCAUGGCGAACCGAGUCUACGACGCCUGCUCUGGACUCACUUAUAGCAGUUUCAAGCUAAGCACGCUAAUCAAGGAUGCGAGCGGCUUCAUGUCGGGUGCCAUGACCAGCAUCGUCAAGAUGGCAACAGGACUGAAAGACGUGACUAUCAACGUCGACAAGGCUGACGGUAAAUGCUACACUGGUCCCAAGGCGCUUCCGAAGUCUACCUCCUGCUGCAAUAACAUGGCUGUGCCCGGAAACUGCCCUGCUGGCGUUGUUGACGCCAACCAGUUCAGCGAGUCGUUUGGGAAGAUCAAGAGCAGUGCAUCGUGCGGUAAUGCUACAGGGCAAAGUGCACCCCCGCCACUAGAAUAUAAGAGAGCUAGCGUCUUCACCGUUUCACUUGUAUCUCUAGUGUCCAUGCUUGCUGGACACUUACUGUUUUAGGGAAGUUCCGCUUGAGGAACAAUUUGCAGAGUGGAAUCUGAAGUCAAACAAAGUGGUGUUAUCAUAAUUUACUGUGAAAUGAU